AUGCCGUUCAUUAUAAGGGGAAGACCCCUGAGGGGGGCACAGUAUGCCAGCAACAGAAGGACCUCUCCCUCCGCCAACACCUCGGCGCUCUGGUCAGAAAGCCACACCCGUCUGCACCAGCUCCACGCACCGGAUCCCCUGCAGGCUCCGGCCAGCACCGGCAAGCCCGUGGGCUCCUGCCAUGGCCUCCUGGGGGCCAGCGGCGGUGGCGGCGGCGGCGGCGGCGCUCAGGGCCCCGGCGGCCCCGGCUCUGGGGUCAGCCCGGUCCUGGCCUGGCACGCUGCCAUCAGCGCCGCUCGCCAAGCGCAGGGCGACACCGAGAAGCCCGAGAUGAGUUCGCGGCCCUCCGUCUGCACCGCUGGACCGGCUCCCGUCGGCUCGCUGGCGCAGAGGAAGAGGCAGCAGUACGCCAAGAGCAAGAAGCAGGGAGGAUCCACCAACAGCAGGCCGCCCAGAGCGCUGUUCUGCCUCACUCUCAACAACCCCAUUCGCAGGGCCUGCAUCAGCCUGGUGGAGUGGAAACCCUUUGAUAUCUUUAUACUUCUGUCUAUUUUUGCUAACUGUGUGGCCUUAGCCAUCUACAUCCCCUUUCCUGGAGACGACUCCAAUUCUACCAACCAAGAACUGGAAACAGUAGAAUAUGCCUUCCUCAUCAUUUUCACUAUAGAGACAUUUCUGAAGAUUAUUGCCUACGGCCUGGUCAUGCACCAAAACUCUUACGUCAGAAACGGCUGGAACAUGCUGGACUUUGUCAUUGUCAUAGUGGGGCUGUUCAGUGUGGUUCUGGAGAUGAUAACCAAAGACGCUGACUCUGGCGGCCAGUCUGGAGGCAAACCCGGGGCGUUUGACGUCAAGGCCCUGCGAGCCUUCCGCGUGCUCCGCCCCCUUCGCCUUGUCUCUGGAGUUCCCAGUUUACAGGUGGUUUUGAACUCCAUUAUUAAAGCCAUGGUCCCUCUGCUCCACAUCGCUCUGCUGGUUCUCUUUGUAAUUAUUAUCUACGCAAUCAUCGGUCUGGAGCUCUUCAUUGGCAAAAUGCACGCCACGUGCUACGUCAUACAAACAGGCGCCCUGGCAGAGGAGGAGCCCACGCCGUGUGCGGUAUCGGGCCACGGCCGCCACUGCCUGCUCAACGGCACGGCGUGCCGGGAGGGCUGGCAGGGCCCCAACAACGGCAUCACCAACUUCGACAACUUCCUGUUCGCCAUGCUCACCGUGUUCCAGUGCAUCACCAUGGAGGGCUGGACCGACGUCCUCUACUGGAUGAACGAUGCGAUGGGCUUUGAGCUGCCGUGGGUCUACUUCGUCAGUCUGGUCAUCUUUGGAUCCUUCUUUGUCCUCAACCUGGUUUUGGGAGUCUUGAGUGGAGAGUUUUCCAAAGAGCGAGAGAAGGCCAAGGCUCGCGGGGAUUUUCAGAAACUGCGUGAGAAGCAGCAGCUGGAAGAAGACCUGAAGGGCUACCUGGACUGGAUCACGCAGGCAGAGGACAUCGACCCCGAGAACGAGGAGGAGGGAGACGAGGAGGGCAAGAGGAAUCGGGUCACACUGGCUGACCUCACUGAGAAGAAGAAAGGGAAGUUUGGCUGGUUCACCCAGUCAACAGAGACACAGGCGAGCAUGCCCACGAGUGAGACGGAGUCGGUGAACACAGACAAUCACAAUGGCGAUGAAGAUAAAUCCCCCUGCUGUGGGCCUCUGUGUCAAAAAAUUACUAAAUCAAAGUGCAGUCGUCAGUGGAGACGGUGGAACCGUUUCUGCCGGAGGAAAUGCCGUGCAGCCGUUAAAUCGGUGACGUUUUACUGGCUGGUCAUCAUCUUGGUGUUUCUCAACACUCUCACCAUCGCCUCCGAGCACUACAACCAGCCGGACUGGCUCACUGAAGUCCAGGACGCAGCCAACAAAGUUCUGCUGGCCUUGUUCACGUUGGAGAUGCUGGUGAAAAUGUACAGUCUGGGCCUGCAGGCUUACUUUGUGUCGCUGUUUAACCGCUUUGACUGCUUCGUGGUGUGUGGAGGCAUCGUGGAGACCAUCCUGGUGGAGCUGGCCAUCAUGUCUCCGCUGGGCAUCUCCGUCUUCCGCUGCGUUCGGCUUCUCAGAAUCUUUAAGGUCACCCGCCACUGGGCGUCUCUCAGUAACUUGGUGGCCUCUCUGCUCAACUCCAUGAAGUCCAUCGCCUCCCUGCUGCUGCUGCUCUUCCUCUUCAUCAUCAUCUUCUCCCUGCUCGGCAUGCAGCUCUUCGGGGGGAAGUUCAACUUCGACGAGACCGUGACCAAACGGAGCACGUUUGAUAACUUCCCCCAGGCUCUGCUCACCGUCUUCCAGAUUUUGACAGGAGAAGACUGGAACACAGUGAUGUACGACGGAAUCAUGGCGUACGGCGGGCCGGCCUCCUCUGGAAUGGUGGUCUGCAUUUACUUCAUCAUCCUCUUCAUCUGUGGAAACUACAUCCUGCUGAAUGUCUUCUUGGCCAUUGCCGUUGACAACCUGGCAGAUGCAGAGAGUCUCAACACAGCACAGAAGGAGGAAGAAGAGGCCAAGAAGAGGAAGAAUAGUGCCAAGGAAAUAAGCUUGGAGAAGAAGAGGAUUGAAAUAAUUGAAGUGAACGACGGUGAGACCAAGGUGCCAGCAGAGGAUUUGGAGGAAGACAAAGAGUUAUAUCCUGCCCUUGACUCUCCAGAAGCCCCCUCGGGUCCUCGACCUCAGCGGCUCUCUGAACUCACCAUCAAAGAGAAGACGCCGCCCAUCCCGGAGGGCAGCGCCUUCUUCAUCUUCAGCAGCACCAACCCGGUCCGAGUGUUCUGCCACAAGCUGAUCAACCAUCAGAUCUUCACCAACCUCAUCCUGGUCUUCAUCAUGCUGAGCUCCGUGUCUCUGGCUGCCGAGGACCCCAUCCGCAACUUCUCCGCCCGCAACAUCAUUCUUGGUUAUUUUGACUAUGCUUUCACCGCAAUCUUUACUGUUGAGAUCCUGUUGAAGAUCCUAGGCUAUGCAGACUAUGUCUUCACUAGUAUGUUUACAUUUGAGAUCCUUAUAAAGAUGACGGCAUUUGGAGCCUUCCUUCAUAAAGGGGCCUUCUGCAGAAACUACUUCAACCUGUUAGACCUGCUGGUGGUCGGCGUGUCUCUGGUGUCUUUUGGCAUUCAGUCGUCUGCCAUCUCUGUGGUGAAGAUUCUGCGUGUUUUGCGAGUGCUUCGUCCACUGAGAGCCAUCAACAGGGCCAAGGGCCUCAAGCAUGUGGUCCAGUGUGUGUUUGUUGCCAUCAGGACAAUCGGCAACAUCAUGAUCGUCACCACGCUGCUGCAGUUCAUGUUUGCCUGCAUCGGAGUGCAGCUCUUCAAGGGAAAAUUCUAUAGAUGCACAGAUGACGCCAAGUCCAGCCCAGACGAGUGCAAAGGCACAUAUAUUCUCUAUAACAACGGGGACACAGCUCUGCCCAUGGUGAAGGAAAGGAUCUGGUACAACAGUGACUUCAACUUCGACAACGUCCUCAUGGCCAUGAUGGCUCUCUUCACCGUCUCCACCUUUGAGGGAUGGCCCACUUUGCUGUACAAAGCCAUUGACUCCAACAGGGAGAACAUGGGCCCCAUCUACAACUACCGCAUCGAGAUCUCCAUCUUCUUCAUCAUCUACAUCAUCAUCAUCGCCUUCUUCAUGAUGAACAUCUUUGUCGGUUUCGUCAUCGUCACGUUCCAGGAGCAAGGAGAGAAAGAGUAUAAAAACUGUGAGCUGGAUAAAAACCAGCGCCAGUGUGUGGAGUACGCUCUGAAAGCCCGGCCCCUGCGACGCUACAUUCCCAAAAACCCGUAUCAGUACAAGUUCUGGUAUGUGGUCAACUCCACCGGCUUCGAGUACGUCAUGUUCGUCCUGAUCAUCCUCAACACUCUGUGUCUGGCCAUUCAGCACCACGGACAGUCCCACCUGUUUAACUACGCCAUGGACAUUCUCAACAUGGUGUUCACCGGCGUCUUCACCGUCGAGAUGAUCCUCAAGCUCAUCGCCUUCAAACCCAGAGGCUAUGUCGGGGACGCCUGGAACGUCUUCGACGCUCUGGUGGUGAUUGGCAGUGUAGUCGACAUCAUACUCAGCCAGUCGGCAGCCAUCCCUGUUGUCAAGGUGAUAGUGGAGCCAGGGAACACGGAGGACAGCGCUCGCAUCUCCAUCACCUUCUUCCGCCUGUUCAGGGUGAUGCGGCUGGUCAAGCUGCUGAGCAGAGGCGAGGGAAUCCGCACGCUGCUGUGGACCUUCAUUAAGUCCUUCCAGGCUCUUCCGUACGUCGCCCUCCUGAUCGCCAUGCUGUUCUUCAUCUACGCUGUUAUUGGAAUGCAGGUGUUUGGGAAAAUAGCAAUGGUGGAUGGGACCCAAAUCAACCGCAACAACAACUUUCAGACGUUUCCCCAGGCCGUCCUCAUGCUCUUCAGGUGUGCCACCGGGGAGGCCUGGCAGGAGAUCAUGCUGGCCUGUCUGCCCGGAAAACUGUGCGAUUCAGAGUCGGACUACAACCCGGGCGAGGAGAGAACCUGCGGCAGCGGCUUUGCCAUCAUCUACUUCAUCAGCUUCUACAUGCUCUGUGCUUUUCUGAUCAUCAACCUGUUUGUCGCCGUCAUCAUGGAUAACUUUGACUAUCUGACUCGUGAUUGGUCCAUUCUUGGGCCGCAUCACCUGGAUGAGUUCAAACGGAUCUGGUCAGAGUACGACCCAGAAGCCAAGGGCAGAAUAAAGCAUCUGGAUGUGGUGACCCUGCUGAGACGGAUCCAGCCUCCUCUGGGCUUUGGCAAACUCUGCCCCCACAGAGUGGCUUGUAAGCGGCUGGUGGCCAUGAACAUGCCUCUGAACAGCGACGGCACCGUCAUGUUCAACGCCACUCUGUUUGCUUUGGUUCGCACCGCUCUCAAGAUCAAGACUGAGGGUAACCUCGAACAAGCCAACGAGGAGCUUCGGGCUGUGAUCAAGAAGAUCUGGAAGAGGACCAGCAUGAAGCUGCUGGACCAAGUGGUGCCUCCUGCAGGCGAUGACGAGGUAACAGUGGGGAAGUUCUAUGCCACAUUCCUGAUACAGGACUACUUCAGAAAGUUCAAGAGGCGCAAAGAGCAAGGCUUGGUGGGCAGGCGCUCAUGGGAAAAGCUGAACACUACCUUGGCUCUGCAGGCUGGCCUGCGCACGCUGCAUGACAUCGGACCGGAGAUCCGCCGAGCGAUAUCGUGUGACCUACAGGACGAGGGUUUGGUGGAUGCAAACGGCGAGGAAGAGGAGGAAAUCUACAGGCGUAACGGCGGCCUUUUUGGAAACCACGUCAACCACGUCGGCGGGGAGCAGCAGGGCUCGUCCCACCCCACCACCGCCACGCAGCGCCCCCUGCAGAUCCUGCCCUUCUCCUGCAGCGCCUCCGUCGAACCGUCGCAGGUCAGCCGGAGAGCCAGCAGCGUCGACGGAGACGGAGAGGCGGAGAUGAACUCCUCGCCCAUCCAGUACAACCAUCAUCACCAUCAUCAUCAUCACGCCGCUCAUCCCUACAACCCCCCUCACUGCAACUCCACUGGUCUUCAAUCGCCAAUCCCCUCCAACGCCAACCUCAACAACGCCAACGUGCCCUCGCUUCUCUCCAUGACCGUCGGGAGGCCGCAGAAGUGCUUGUUGAGGCGGAGUCGCCCGUCCUCCAUUAAAAAUGGAUCCUCAGCGACCGCGAACAGUAAAGGAGUUCACGACAAGCCCAGGAAGUCAAACUCCUUAAGCAGGACGCGUUACUAUGAGGCCUAUAUUAGGUCAGAGAGUGGCGGGGGUCUUUACCCCACCAUCCGUCGGGAGGAGCAGGGAGGCGUGGACAGCGACGACGACCCCGGUUCAGGGGAGUACUACAGCGGGGAGGAGUUCCAUGAAGACGACAUCAUGCUGACGAAGGACAGGUUGCCCAGUAAAGACUGCCAGCAUGACGCAGAGGCAGAUUUUGAUCUUGAGAUCUCCAGGACGGAGCGGCAGUCUGAUAGUUUCUGUGACGAUGACCAGCAGCCCAUCUGCCAGGACAGCAGGCGCUCGCCCCGAAGAUGGUUUUUACCCUCGCCUCAAGCCGCCAACAGACCCACGUUCAGCUUUGAGUGUCUUCGCAGAAGAAGCAGUGAGGAUGAGUCUCCGCCUUCUCCGUCAUGCACGGCGCUUCCACUGCACCUGGUGCAGCAGCAGGUGAUGGCCGUGGCCGGCCUCGAUGCCAGCAGACUUCAUCGACUGUCUCCGACGAGGUCGCUGCGCUCCUGGGCCACGCCCCCCGCCUCCCCCAUCACCCGGGACUGCUCCCCCUGCUACACGCCGCUUAUACAGGUGGACUGGCGCAGCUCGGGCAGCGUGAGCAGCCUCCCCGGAGCGGUGAAGAGGAGCUCGUGGUACACGGAUCAGCUGGACGGACCUGCCAGCCGCAGCCAGUCUCCGUCACGCCUGCAGCUGCCUGCGGACAGCUGCUCACACUUCCUUCAAAAGAGAGGCAGCGCCAGCAGCUUGGUGGAGGCUGUGCUGAUCUCCGAGGGUCUGGGGAGAUACGCCCGCGACCCCAAGUUUGUGUCGGCGACCAAGCAGGAGAUCGCAGACGCCUGCGAGAUGACCAUCGACGAAAUGGAAAGCGCCGCCAGCAACCUGCUGAACGGGAGCAUGGGCAACGGCAGCGCCGGGGAGGCGGAGAACGCCGGCUCCAACUCGCACGACGACGCGCACCUGAGAGACAAUAGCAUCCGGGACUACAGCGACGAGGAGCCGUACGUGGCCGUCCGGUGUGAGGAGGACCUAACAGACGAGAUGAUAUGCAUUACAUCCCUAUAGCAGUGGCCGACACUGGAUUACUUUUAGGUUU